UGAACAAGAAAAAAUUAUUGGAAAAUUGAAAAAAAAAGAAAACUCGAAAAAUGUCCUCAAUGAUCUUGAUACGGAAAUAACAAUUGAAGAAAUAAUAAAAACAGCUAAAAAAAUAAAAUCUAAAAAAGCUGCACACUCAGAUAAAAUCAACAACGAAAUGAUAAAAUAUAGUGUUGAUAUCCUUG